CAGCCGUGAGGGGGAACUCUCGGAGCGAGCGAUGUGUUGGCUGGGAUGGGCCUUAAAUUCCAUCCAUUGCCGCGCCUCGCUAUGGGCAAGGACACUUUCCACUGUUCCAGGGCGCUCCAAGCUCCGGCCAUCCUGACGUUGGACGUUUCCAGGCAUAGUGCAGCCACAGUUUCUCUGGGCAACCUGGGCCAGGGCCUUACCAUCCUCACAGGGAGAGGAAUUCCCUCCCAAUACCCCAUCUAACCCUUUGUCAGUGGGAAGCUCUUUGUCCUGUCACUCCAGGCCUUUGUCCAAAGUCCCCCUCCAGCUCUUUUAGAAACAGGACCUGUGCAAGUUGCUCCAAGGACAAUCCAUUCUGCUCCAAAUUUAAUGGAAUCAAGGAGUGGUUUGAGUUUGAAGGGACCUUAAAUCUCAUCCCAUUCCAACCCCUACCAUGGGCAGGAACAUCUUCCACUAGACCAGGUUGCUUCAAGCCUGUCCAACCUGGCCUAGAGUAUCAGGGUCCAAGCCCACGUCAUUCCUGAUGCUGCUGCAUGAGCUGGGCUGACCUCACAUGUCCCAGGGCAGGUUCUUGUGAUCCUGCGUGUAGCUGGGAGCUGGCACUUGACAUCCCUAUCAGCAGGUCAGUUUCCUGAGCAGGCAGAGCUGGAAUCCAGAGAACAGGGUCUGUGCCAGCAGAAAAUUCCCGGGCAGCUUGCAAAGCUCUCAGCACAAGAUGAGGAUGUUCCCUCUUGUCCCAUCACUUGUUCCCUGGAACCAGCUCUACCCCCACCUGGCUCCAUCCUCCUGGCAGAAGAGAGCCAGAAGGUCCCCCCUCAACCUCCUUUUCUGCCUUGGAGCCUUGCCCAACCCAGUGGUUUGCAGCCUCUCUAAGUUGUAAAUUACUUAUUCUUUUCCACUCCUAAUUUAACAGUACACACUCUGCUCUCCUGUAAAGGCAGAAAAUCAUUCAGUAGUGAAAACUGAAUGCAAACCAGGUUGUUCUCCAGUGACUUAAUUGUUUUAAUAAGUAAUGGUCUGAAGCACCAUGAAGAAGCUAGAAUGUUCCACCUGCUGUGUUGGAUUUUGAUGCUUUAAAAGACUCCUACUGUUUGACAAACAGGUUGGCCCAUUGCCUUUAAAAGGCGAAAUGCUCCGGACUAAAUUUGGUCAUGUAGCUCUGCACGGUUCCCUGGAAUGUCCUCGGGUUUCAGGCUCCUCUGAUAGCACCAUUCCCCGCCUCCCGCCGGGCUCCAUUGGCUUCCCAGCGCCCGAACCGCCACUGGAUCCUGUUAUUGGCCAACUCUUGGACCGAGGGGUGUCCCCUCUGGAUAACCACCGUAUCUCGGGCUGGAGAGCUGCUGAGAUUUAACACUUCAGCACCUGCUGCCGUUCGGGAAGCAGACUUGGAGCUUCGGCUUCUUUUUUUUUUCUCUUGCUUUGGGUACCACACAACCGCCACCGUGUCUCGCCAGCGAGCCAAGAUGUCCAAAGUGGCCAAAUACCGGCGACAAGUUAGUGAAGAUCCAGAUAUAGACAAUUUAUUGUCUACUUUGUCUCCAGAGGAGAUGGAGGAGCUGGAAAAGGAGCUGGAUGUGGUCGAUGCGGACGGGAGCAUCCCUGUGGAGCGCAGUCAGACAAACCAAUCAGAAAACUCCUUACCUGGCCCACAAAACUGUGACACGGCGCUCAACCACCACGACAAGGACACCAGGAGGCUCCUGCAGCGGGAGCACUCGAUAGACGAAAGCAGGUUGAGCAAGAAUAAGGGAGACAAAAAUCAAGAAGAAAAAGGAAAAGAAUCUCCUUCCAAUGAACUGGCCCAGAAACAAGAUACUAAAGUGGGGAAAGACUCUAAAAAGGAAGAAAGUGUUCAGAAAACAGACCUGAAAGGUAAAGCUGAGACUGAGACCAAGAGCAAAGAGAAUAAAGCUAUGAAUGAUAAAGUCAAGGCCAUGGAGAAAAAGCUGAUGGGGAAGGACAAGAAGGAGGAAGAGAAGGGUUCAGUGUUGAAGAAGGACACAGGGAAGAACAAAAAGGGGGAAGAGAAGAGCUCAGAGAUGAAGAAAGAUGCAGGGGAGGAUAAAAAGGAAGAAGAGAACAGCUCAUAUUUUAAAAAGGAGGAUGCAGGGAAGGAUAAAAAGGAAAAAGAGAAGGUCUCAGCAGCAAAGGAAGAGACAGAGGAGGAAAAAAAGCAAGAAGAAAAGGAUUCAGCAUCAAAGGACACAGGGAAGGACAAAAAGGAGGAGAAGAGUUCAGAAUCAGAGAAACAGGCAGAAAAAGACACAAGAGGGGAAGGUAAGAAAGAAAAUGAUAAAAAAGAAGAGGAAAAGGCUUCAGCUGUGAAAAAAUCUAAGGCAGAUGAGAAUGAUAAAUCCCAGACAGAAGCAGAAAAGGCAGAAAAGGUGGAGGAGAAAGAGGAGGCCAAGGCAGCAGCCGGGAGCAGCCCUUCCAAGUCUUCCUCCAGCAGCUCUGCAGAUCAAGCCAAGGACGAUGAAGCCUCCAGCAUCUUUGACGAGCUCAUUGAGAAGGUGAAGAACAACGACGCUGAGGUGACCGAGGUCAACGUGAACAACUCUGACUGCAUCAACAACGAGACUCUAGUGCGCUUCACCGAGGCCCUGGAGUUCAACACCGUGGUCAAGGUGUUUGCCCUGGCUAACACCCGCGCUGAUGACCACGUGGCCUUUGCCAUUGCCAUAAUGCUCAAGUCCAACAAGGUGCUGACAAGCAUCAACAUGGACUCCAACCACAUCACAGGCAAGGGUAUCCUGGCCAUUUUCCGGGCACUGUUGCAGAACAACACACUGACGGAGCUACGUUUCCACAACCAGCGGCACAUCUGUGGGGGAAAAACAGAGAUGGAGAUUGCCAAACUCCUGAAAGAGAACACCACGCUCCUGAAGCUGGGCUACCACUUCGAGCUGGCUGGGCCACGCAUGACCGUCACCAACCUGCUGAGCCGAAACAUGGACAAGCAGAGGCAGAAACGCCUCCAGGAGCAGAAACUGGCACAGGAACGGGGGGAGAAGAAAGACCUCCUGGAGGUGCCCAAGUCUGGAGCACUGCCAAAAGCGUCCCCCAAGGCAUCCCCGCAACCAUCCCCCAAGGCUUCCCCCAAAAGCUCUCCCAAAAAAGGAGGGGCACCCACCAUACCACCCCCACCUCCUCCUCCACUUGCUCCACCACUGAUGAUCAACGAGAACCUGAAGAACUCGCUCUCACCAGCCACACAGAGGAAGUUAGGAGACCGGGCGCUGCCAGUCCAGGAGAAGAACUCUCGAGACCAACUCCUGGCAGCUAUUCGCUCCAGCAACCUCAAACAGCUCAAGAAGGUGGAGUUGCCGAAGCUGCUGCAGUAGGGUGCGGGAGGAUUUUUCCCCUGCAGCCCAUGGCAGACCCCCAGACACUCACCUUUCUCGUGACAAGCCCUUUGGAACCUGCAGUGACCGACGCUAAGGAGCAGGGAUCUCUCUGGGACACGGAGGAUGGGCCGGGCCCAGCAGGACAUGAUGGAGGAGGUUGUAUUUAUUUUUUGAUGGUUGUGAAGCCUUCAAGCUCACUCUUCUACCAGCACUGUGCCCCACCAGAGAUGCCAAGAAUAGAGCAGGGGUCUGCAGAGCUGAUCCUUAUGGAAAUCCCCCGUCAGAGCAUAACAAAGGGGUUUGGCACCCCACUCUAUCCAGGGUCCAGCCUGGAGUGAGCAAGAGUACUCCCAGCCUUGGGGAGGAGCAGGGGACACCCAGGCCAUCAUCAUAUCACCACAAGGUUUCUGGGUGGCCAGCAGAGUUUUGGGAUUCAGGCACAGCAGUGGCUGCAGAGUUGGGGGUUCAGGCUUGACGUCAGGAGGAAUGGGAGGGUGGGAGAAGGGAGCAGCCAGGGAGAGAGGGGGCAUGGAAGUGGUGGGACACAGGGAACCAGGCUGGGGCCAGGAGCUUGGGGCAUCUUAUACGCACCCACAGCACUGCAGGGGGACCCACAGAACCCUCAGAGCAUGGAAACCAAAUCCACCUCAAAGAGAGUAGGGAAAGCACCAGCUCAAGGGGGCAGUGGGUUUUGGGGUCAUGUGAUGCCCAUCCUCCCCCCCCCCCCCAUCCUUCCUGUCGUGACACCUUGAUCACGAUUUGUAUGACUGUGGCCACUGCAUCAGCAAUAAAGCUCACCCAAUGCUU